UUUUAUCUUGAAUAUCGCUGCGAUUGUAGCGUGGUGCUUCGUCGUCCGGCCGCAUCGGCUGGCUACGCAGGCUCUGGCGCGGAUUCUCGGCACGACAUGUCAAGGAAUUCCCGCUCUUAUGAUCCUCAGGAGGAAGUGAUGGAACGACCACAGGUUUCGAACGCUUUUCUGGACGACGAUUUCCCCACGGAGCUCCUGAACUCAGAAGUAGAGGAUGUAUCUGCACUAGCCAGAAGACUAGUGGACUUCAGAACAGAGGCCAGUGCGUCGAGCCUGCCACUACCUGUACACUGCACCGACAGCGUGACGAGGACCUGCCGCCUUCUCAAGCAGCUUCCAAUACUGAAUAAUGUGCUGUACUACAUAGGGGCUGAAUUGACUGAAGUCGCACCGGGUAAACUUGCUGUCCGCUGCUACACAAGCUUCAACAAUAAUGAACAAAUCAAGAGAGACCACCGCAUGGUGACAGCGAUCAUAGUCCUCCACUGCAUCGUCACUAGGCACCGCUGCGUCGACAUAUUUGAGUUAAGACUCCAGCCACGGGAACAACGUAACCUCGAUUCACUGAUGUGCAACACCAUGAAACGGAUCUCUUCGCUCAGCUGCUUUUACUUCAGGGAUUCAGUGUUAACUAAUACAGCGAUCACAGUUGCGGUCUUCUCAGCUGUCACUCAUCUGUUGCGGUCGCGACUCGUCGAACUCUCUCUGGAGCACGUGCGAGUGAUCGAUCUUUCCAAGGAAGCGUGUGCUUCGCUGGAUGCUUUCAUGACGGCAGUUUCCGAGACAAGCUCACUCAAGUGGCUCAAAGUCGUCGAUACGUUCUGUCCAAACGAGGUGUUUGACUUCGUCGGAAAGCUGCUGCAGGCCCUGGAAAAGAGCACCGACAUCUCUUGCCUAAUCUUGGAUGCCUCCUUUUCAUCUCACGAGUGCGGUUCAAGCUUCAAGCGAAUGCUUGCCAGACCUUCGGCUCCUCCCGACGUGACUGUAAUUUGCCACAACCACACUUACCGCACCAAGGCAAACAUUGUGUUCGGAGCUCUCUUUACCAACGAAACAGUGACCAAGCUCACCAUUGAGGGCUUCAAAUUGGGUGUCCAGGAUUCUAAGUCAAUCUCGAAGUUCCUUGCCACCAACAAUACCAUUCAGGAGGUGGCACUCGCUUGUAUUCACUGGGACUUGAGGAAACAAAAAACUCAGACGAUCAGGUGGCAUGCUGACCGUUUGGCGGAUGGGCUCAGGCAGGCAAAGUCACUCCGGCGCCUCACCCUGAGAUCGGACUUUUCUGCUGCCGAGAUUCGUUGGAUCAUCGAAGCCACUCAUGUAUGCGAGUCUCUGAAAGAGUUGCACUUUUCGAUUAUCUAUGAGGACGAUGUUGAGCCGAUAUCUGCUGCGCGUCAGGAGAUGACCAACAAGUGGAAGAUCACAAUUGGAGAAUUUUCGAUUAGCAUGCAUCUCAAUGCCGCUAAACAAUUUGCCUGCUACCACGAGGUCCUCUCAAGCCCCGAUAGGCUUGAGCCUCUGAAUCUGAUCUUUGCUCCGCUGGGACACUCGUGCGGUCCUCCCAAUGUCGCCUGUGGAGACCAUCUGACCUCUUUGCUUUUGUCCGGCGAGUACUUCAUAAAAGUGCCCCCGGAUGUCGCUAAAGGAUUGGGCCUUUACCUGGCACUGACACGCAGUCUACGAAAGUUGGACAUGGAAUUUGAAACAUCGUAUGAGUCGACGCAGACCAUCAUAGAAGGCAUCGCAAAGAAUAAGAGCAUCGAGCAGCUGCGGAUAGAAAGGUUCUCUGUGAAGGAUGAUGACUGGGCAACCUUGACCAAUUGGCUGAUCGACAAUCGGCGCUUGCACAACUUGGACAUCUUGCCUCCUGAGAAUGCGGCAGCUGUCAAAUCCUUGGCGACGUCAUUCGAGAGUAACUACUCCGUCACGGCAAUGAAAAUAUUUGACCGUCAUCUCGAACGAGCAGCUUGGAUGCGCAUAAAGAACAUCACUCGGCGUAACUACGGAUUGGUGCAGUGCGCAGCUGCGUUCGUCAUGGGAAGCUCGCUUAAACGCGCAGCUGCCGCCUACGAACUGGUCUCGUGGCACCCGCAGCUUCCCGAGGUGGUCCAGUGCAUGGGAUUCUUGAGUGAAGGCGAGGCCAAGGCGAGAAUGGAGCAAAGCCGACUUCGGCUUCGCGAUGAGGUACGCGAUGGUCCAAGGCUCUCACUAGUUCUGGCAGCUGUCUGGCAUUGUCAAAGAACAGCUCAUCUGCAAUGCACCACCUACUGGAGCAAACGGCAAGAAGGUCCGCCAGCUCGACAAACUUGGCGCCGACAUGUUGGAUUACCUCCGCUCCUACCUCAAGGUCGGUGACAUUCUGGACGACGAAGAGGAUGAUCCUAAAAGCGAGAACGCAGCUGUGGCCAUGGAGCGUUCCAACAAGCGAAAGCGGGCGAACAGCACCGACUUUCUGCAGCAAGAGCAAUGACCUGCAGAGGAACUGAGACCAACAGUGCGGCUGAACUUAGCCGUUAAAGCUUUUUACCACAUUUUAACCAGGGUGAAUCAGCACUCACCUCUUAACGAGUAGACGACUGUUCCCUUUCAGGCAAAUGGAACGUGAACUUGGUCAAUAAAAAUGUCUUUAAAGGGAUGGUGGAGGCAGGCUUAGCAAAA